AUGUGUCUGUCCAACUUAUACAUGCCCAUCCGACGGUUAUCUUACCGAUGUAGAGCUCCCGGUUGCGGCACUGUGUGCAGUGCGAUACCGCCAGUUUCGACCGGAGUGGAUUCUGUGCCACCUGGUGGUGAUCCACCUUGCUUCUCUCCCCGGUUGGUUGAGCGUGUCACGACCUGGUGUCGUCAGCGGACAUCUCCCAGAUCAUCGGCAUCCUCGCGGCGUGGCAUUCCCUCGUGUUUCGGAACCAGAGCUAAAAAAUCAGGUUCGGAAAAACUUCCACAAGAGUCAAGCCAGCCUUGGACCAGAUCUCUCAGUCCGACAAAAUCUGCGAAGUUUGGUUUGAGUAUGCGCCCAGCUGUUCGUGUGGUUUGUCAUCAAUGCGGAUUUACUUUCUGUGCUCGAUGCCAUAUGACCUGGCAUGAACAAAUACCUGCCUUAUGCGACCCCGGUUACAUGCCGCAACUAAAAACACGACACCGUUCCGCUUCACUCAACCGAUCCACUUCGUCAAAAUCACACUCAAAAGGUAUACCUCAUACCAGCCAAAACGGUCCCCUAUCCACUAACCAGAAAGAUGAUAAAGUUGUCACACUGGAUCCAGUUUCCGUUUUGAUCCCUCCUCAAGGAGAUUCACUAGCCCCGCUUGUCUCCCGUGAUCUUUCCGAGCCGACUCCUCAAUCUCGCCAAAGUAGACACAAACGACACCGCACCACUCGAAAAUGGACUUCUCAUUUGGUUCUACCUCCUCCCGGUUCAACCACAUCGCAACCAUCACCUUCAAGUAAUGGAGAUUUGUCCAUGCUAGCUGUCGGCUUCCCGCCCUAUCCACCGGACGCAUGGCUCAAACGUUGUCCGGCCUGUUUGGUCCCGAUUGAGCGAGUUGAAGGUUGUGCUCAAAUGAAUUGUCGUGCCUGUAAACAUACCUUCUGUUGGUACUGUCNUGUGUGUGAUGAUUUUCUUCUUCGACACUACGAUUCCGGUGCCUGUAAAGGCAAGCUGGGGCACUCGCGAGCUUCAGUCAUUGGACACCGGGUCUAUGUUCAACUGUUGGAUCGUCUUCUACCACGCCGACGUAUUUUUGUGCAUAACAGUAUUCUCGAAUACACGUGA